GAACCCCAUGGUCCCAAUGUGGCUUGGAAGCAGUAUUUGCUCACGUAGUCAUUACUCACACAAGCACUCCUGCUGCUCGGGUGGUAGUUUGAUCCCUGUUACCCUCCAUCGGUGUCCCUGGGGAUGUGAGUGUGCAGUCAGAGCUGAUGCUGAGCUUGACUGAAAGCUAGACCAGCCAGAAAUCUGCCUUUCUACUGCCUGAAAUUGUCAGGUACGGCUCUGGGCUACAAAGUCACCUGGGGAAUCACCCCAAACAAUCACCCGUUGUUUUCCCCUGGACAGAGGGGAAGUGCACAGCUCCCCGUGCUGCCAGGCGUGCCUGGUGCCCUGGAAAUGGGCCCUGGAGAGGUGGAAGUGGCACGUAGCUCUGUGCAGUUCUCUGCAGCUCCAGCCGUAGCAUUUCCCACAUCGCCAUGUCACCAGCAAGUCUGUCACUGCUAUGGGACAUGACAGCUCUGUGUCUUAUGCACAAGGUAAGGACCUGGUCCACCCAACAGCAGUUUUAAUAGAGUUUAACUGGCUCAGUAUACAAAUACCCUGUUAGGAAGAGGCUGUUUGUACCUCUGGGUGGUGAGAUAUUACCAGUGCAUCACCCCAAACAAGUGAGAGCGUGUAAUAGAGCAUGCUGGGCCCCAGCACAGGGCUUUGGGGAGGACUCAGGUACCUCCUGGCACAGGGGCAAAUCUCACACGGAAGUGCUGAAGUGGAAAGGAGACAGCACGUCCAAGUUCAGGAGCGCUGAGGGCUCUUGAAAGCAGCACUUAUUUUGAGGUAGGAAGCCCUUUCCUGGGGAGUGGAUGAUUUCAGUGUCGAGCCCUUGGGACUUAUGGCAUGGUUUUGGGGCACUCUGGGUAUAACCCCCCCAAAGCAGCAAAGAUACCCUGUAAAACCGUUUGCUCCCAGGGCCAAGCAGUGAUCGGUGUCUUUAUUUACUGUCUUAGAAUUCUACAUAUUUAUGCAGCUAAAGGUAUGAGGGCGUUUGCGUUGGCAGCUGCAGAGCGCAUGAAAGAGCUGCGAAGACUUGAUGCCAAGGAACACCGAGGAAAGACUCCUCUGCUGGUGGCUGUCACCGCCAGGCAGCCAGCUAUUGUCUAUGAUUUGAUCCAGACAGGAGCAGAUGUCAGUGCUGUAGACAACAAGGGGCAGUCAGCCUUGCAUCUCGCUGCAACGUACGGGUAUGCCCAGGUUCUGCAGGUUAUACUGUCGCUAGGUUUUCCUCUUGAUUUAGAAAUGAAGAAUUUUGAAGGCCAUACCCCCCUGCACUGUGCCGUCCUGGCCCACAACGCCCUGCUGCGGGAGCAGGGGCACCCAGGGGUGACGAAGGAGCAGCAGGAAGGUCUCCAGCACCAGAGCGAGGAGCUGGAGACCUGCAUCCAGCUCCUGGUGCAGGCGGGAGCCUCCAUCUACAGCCGGGACGUGAAAAGCAACAAGACAGUUCUUCAUUACACAGUCCAGGAUGCGAACAUCUCCCUGCUUAGGUACUUCCUGGAGCUGAACGCCUUCAAGUCCAGGGAUUUUGUCAACAGCAAGGCUCAUGGCAACACAGCUCUGCACAUGGCAGCUGCACUGCACUGCGACAAGAACCAGAAGGAAAUCAUCCAACUGCUCCUCGACCACGGGGCAGACCCGAGCAUCCGAAACUUGGACAACGAUCAGCCGAUCCACAUGGCUCCUUCUGGGAAAGCCGGGGACCAGGUACGUUCCCGACACGUCUGCUGUCUGUCCUUCCCCGGGGAAACUGAGGGCAUGUCCUGGCCAAGCUGUGUGACGUGGGUCUGAGGGUAUAGGCUGGGGGCUCCCCACUUCACUAAAUCCCAAAUCAAGGAGCCCAAAGUGGGCAUUAGCAGGUACUCCAAGCACAUCUGGGGAGAUAUCGAUGUAUAGUUCUUUCACAAUGGCAGCAAGACUCAAAUGAAGAUCAAGUUUCAUGCCUACAGGUCUGAAAAGGCUCCUGGAGCUCACUUUAGUCUCCAAAAUGUUUAUAUGUGCGUACGUAUUCAUAUGCAUGUAUAUAAUUGUGUGUGUAUAUGCAUCUGCGUGUCUGCAUGCAGCCCAUGCAUGCACCCACCACAGUUUCACCUGGUACAUUAUAAACUUUUAC